UUAAAGAAAAUACGUAUUUUUUCUUAACUAGGAUUACAGUAUUUAAUAGUCCCUACAAAUUUUAUCAGGGAGACCCAAGAAUUUAAUUCAUUCAAAAAACUAAGAGUUACACCACAUUAUCUACAGGCAACACUGAGUGGUCAAGAUGUCAAAUACAUUAAUGCAACAGUUUGUGACGGGACUGAAGUCCCGACACCAUGAAGUCAGGUUUAAGGCAGCAAGAGAUCUAUACCAUUAUGUGAAAACAGAGUUACGUGAAGUGUCUGUGGAGGAACAGACUUCAUUCAUGGAUGAAUUCAAUCAUCAUAUUUUUGAAAUGGUCUCUGGCUCAGAUGUUAAUGAAAAGAAAGGUGGAAUAUUGGCAAUAGUGUGUUUGAUCAAUGCUGAUGUUGGAAACAUGAAUACAAGAGUGAGCAGAUUUGCAAAUUACCUUCGAAAUUUGCUUCCAUCAAAUGACACCACUGUUAUGGAAUUAGCAGCAAAAACAGUAGGAAAAUUAGCACUAGUUUCUGGAACGUAUGCUGCUGAAUAUGUUGAAUUUGAAGUAAAGCGUGCAUUUGAGUGGCUCAGUGGAGAUCGACAAGAGGGAAAACGACUUGCAGCGGUUUUAGUACUGAGGGAACUGGCUGUUUCUAUGCCAACAUACUUCUUUCAACAAGUUCAGCAAUUCUUUGAUCUCAUCUUUAAUGCUAUUCGUGAUUCAAAAGCAGUUAUUCGCGAAGGGGCUGUAGAGGCACUCAGGGCUGCACUUGUCGUGACAACACAGCGUGAAACAGCUAAACAAACCCAGAAACCGUUGUGGUAUAAACAGUGCUAUGAUGAGGCAAUUACUGGAUUUGAAGAUAUAUACACAAGAGAAAAGGGAGUGAACCGGGAUGAUAGAAUUCAUGGCUCCUUACUUGUCCUUAAUGAACUUUUGCGGUGUAGCAAUGCUGAAUGGGAACGAAAUUAUGAAGGACUGAUGGAAAAAAUUGUCUGCCAACCCAAUCCUCAAAAUAAUGAGACAAUGACCAUGUUGCUGUGGUUAAGGUCACCAAAAAUGCAGCAUAGUCCUCUUGUGGUGUCUUUACCAAGUAACAACCAUACAAGCCUGUAUGAAAGUGCAGCAUGUCGGCAGCUGAUGACAGAAAACUUUGAUACAAUUUGUAAUGCAGUUUUGUCACAACGCAUAAUUCGAAAUCCACAUAUCCAGCACACACUUCUUGCAGUCCUGCCCCGCCUGUCUGCUUUCAACAGGAAGAAGUUUGUCCAAGCGCAUUUGAACAAAACAAUGUUGUUUCUGCUUGGAAGUCUUCGAACUCGUGAGAAAGACCGUAGUGCUGCCUUUACAACAGUUGGACUAAUUGCAGUGGCUGUUCAGGAAGAUAUACAGAGUUACCUGCCAAAAAUAAUGGAUGUUAUUCGUGCUUCUCUACCAUCAAAGGAUACACCAAGUAAAAAGCGAGCAGCCACCUUGGAACCAGCAGUAUUUGUGUGUAUCACUCUCCUGGGACAUGCAGUUGGGUUGAUGAUACGACAGGAUGUGAAAGAUCUUCUGGAACCAAUGUUGGCCACAGGUCUCAGCCCAGCAUUGACAAUGGCUCUGAGAGAGCUUGCAGCAAAUAUACCACAAUUGAAAAGGGAUAUUUCAGAAGGAUUGCUAAGGAUGCUAUCACAGGUACUCAUGCAAAUGCCACUUAGACAUCCUGGUAUGCCACGGCAUUUACCAUCGCCUGGAUUUGCAGUUGUACCACUCUCUCUGCAUGCCCAAGAGGUACCGGAUGUACCAAGCAUUGUAUUAGCCCUCAGAACUUUGGGCAGUUUCAACUUUGAUGGACAUUCACUGCUGCAUUUUGUGAGACAGUGUGCGGACCAUUUUCUGUCACGAAAUGAACAGGAAGUGAGAUUGGAAGCUGUACGAACUUGUAGUCGCCUAUUACACCUUGCAUUACAGGGAGCUUCAAGCAAGCAUUCAGAAACUGUCACUGCGACUGUCUCAGCAGUUCUUUCAAAAUUGCUUGUUGUUGGGAUAACUGACACAGAUGCAGAUGUAAGGUACUGUGUUCUUGAUUCUCUUGACCACAGCUUCGACAGCCACCUAGCUCAAGCAGAAAAUUUAAGUGCUCUCUUUGUUGCAAUGAAUGAUGAAGUAUUUGAAAUAAGAGAGCGUGCGAUUUGUACCAUUGGCCGCCUUAGUUCGAUGAAUCCUGCAUAUGUAAUGCCUUCUCUUCGAAAGACAUUGAUACAGUUACUGACAGAGCUAGAACACAGUGGUAUGGGACGAAAUAAGGAACAGGCAUCCAGAAUGUUGGACAACUUGGUUGUGCAUGCCCCUCGUCUCAUUCGGCACUAUAUGGACCCCAUUCUUAAGGUCUUAGUUCCCAAGCUACGAGAUCUAGAACCAAAUCCAGGAGUUGUCAUAAGCGUUCUCACAGCUAUAGGAAAUCUUGCAGAGGUCAAUGGAAAUGAAAUGCAGCAGUGGAUGCCAGAGCUGCUUUCUAUCUUACUUGAAAUGCUAGGAGAUGCAAGUUCCCCAGAGAAGCGAUGUGUUGCUCUCUGGGCUCUAGGCCAACUUGUAGGUGCCACAGGACAUGUUGUAAAACCUUAUGAGCAAUACCCUACACUCCUGGAUACGCUUAUAUCUUUCCUGAAAACUGAGCAGCAGACUGUCAUACGACGAGGAACAAUACGUGCUCUAGGUCUUUUAGGAGCACUGGAUCCAUACAAGCACAAAAUGAAUCUAGGCCAGAUUGAUACUCAGGUUGAGUCAACUGCUUUAAUUUCCAUGAGUGACAGUAAGAGCGAAGCAGAGUCAAGUCAGGACCUGUCCACUAGCGAAAUGUUGGUGAAUAUGAGUUCCUCAACGCUAGAAGAAUAUUAUCCAGCAAUAGCUAUAGCAACUUUGAUGAGGAUUAUACGCGAUCCAACACUGUCACAACAUCACACAAUGGUUGUGCAGGCUGUGACAUUUAUCUUUAAAUCACUUGGUAUUAAAUGUGUCCCAUACAUUUCUCAAGUAAUGCCAAGUUUUCUCAAUGUGGUGCGGACAGCCGAUGUCAACUUCCGUGAAUUUUUAUUCCAACAAUUGGCAGUUCUGAUAGCUAUAGUCAGACAGCAUAUCAGAAAUUACCUUGAUGACAUAUUCACCUUGAUAAAGGAAUUUUGGACUAUAAACAGUCCCUUGCAGACAACAUUAAUUUUAUUAGCAGAACAUAUAGCUGUGGCUUUGGGAGCAGAAUUCAAGAUCUAUCUUCCUCAGCUGAUGCCUCAGAUCCUUCGCGUUCUUGCACAUGAUGUGAGCAAGGAUAGGGCUGUGACAGUGAAGCUACUCAAUGCCCUUCAGAAGUUUGGAAAUAAUUUGGAUGACUACCUGCAUCUCAUCUUGCCACCUGUUGUUCGGCUGUUUGAUGCACCAGACUGUCCCACUCCAGUACGACGUUGUGCUCUUGAAACUGUGGAUCACCUUGCUGACACACUUGAUUUCUCUGACUUUGCCUCAAGAAUUAUACAUCCAUUAGUCCGUACAUUGGAUUCGUCACCAGAGCUUCGGGCAACUGCAAUGGAGACACUCUGUUCCCUCGUCACACAACUUGGUCGCAAAUACCAAAUCUUUAUUCCUCUUGUGCAGAAAGUUAUUGCAAAGCAUAAGAUCUACAGCCAAAGAUAUGAGCUCCUCACUUGUAAAAUUGUUACAUUAGCUAAACCUUUGUGUUUGGACAUGUGGGAUGAUUGUGACCUGGAUGACAAUUUGGUCGAACCAGAUGAUUCCUUACUCUUUGAGCCAAGACUGUCAAGACCAAAGAGAGGUGAUGUGGCUCAUACUUCCUCAGAACCACCACCAAUAAAAAGAUUGCACGUUUCUCCAGCCAAUCUGCAACGCGCCUGGACUGCAACAAGGAGAGUAUCAAAGGAUGACUGGUUAGAAUGGCUUCGCAGAUUGAGUAUUGAGCUUUUGAAAGAGUCACCAUCUCCAGCUCUUAGAUCAUGUUGGGCUCUGGCACAGACAUAUUCUCAAUUACCACGUGAUCUUUUCAAUGCUGCAUUUGUCUCCUGCUGGACUGAACUUAGCAAAUCACUACAGGAUGAGCUAAUUCAGAGUUUGGAACAGGCUCUUAUGGUUCCAGACCUUCCUGAAAUAACACAGACUAUUCUGAACCUUGCAGAAUUCAUGGAACACUGUGAUAAGGGUCCAUUGCCACUGGAUCCACAGUUGUUAGGAGAACGUGCAAUGCACUGCAGAGCAUAUGCAAAAGCACUUCAUUAUAAAGAGGAUGAGUUUCACAAAGAACCAAAUAACCAAGUAUUUGAGGCACUUAUCUCCAUUAACAACAAACUACAACAGAAAGAAGCAGCUGCAGGUCUGCUUGAAUAUGUGAUGAAUCACCAGGGUGCAGACCUCAAAGUCCAAGAGAGGUGGUAUGAGAAACUACAUAACUGGGAGAAAGCUCUUAUUUCAUAUGAAGAGCGUCUAGAUGAAUGUCCUGGUGAUGUUGAGUUAGCACUUGGGCAAAUGCGAUGCCUCGAAGCCCUUGGUGAAUGGGGUCAACUGCACGAAGUAGCUCGCAAGAACUGGAACCACUUUGAUGAAGAUGGGAGACAAAGGAUGUCCCGCAUGGCUGCUGCCUCAGCUUGGGGUCUUGGCCAGUGGGAAGCUAUGGAGCAAUUUGUGGCCUGCGUACCAAGAGAUUCACAAGAUGGGGCAUUCUACCGUGCCGUGUUAGCUGUGCACCGAGAACAGUAUCACGUUGCGCAACAGCUUAUAGAUUCAGCACGUGAUCUACUAGAUACUGAGCUCACAGCAAUGGCAGGAGAAAGCUACCAACGCGCAUAUGGUGCAAUGGUGUCUGUGCAGAUGUUGGCAGAACUUGAGGAAGUGAUUCAGUAUAAAUUAGUUCCAGAGCGCCGACCUACAAUAAGAAAAAUGUGGUGGGACAGGCUUCAGGGAUGUCAGCGUGUAGUAGAAGACUGGCAACGCAUCAUACAAGUGCGUACACUUGUUGUUUCUCCACAGGAGGAUAUGUACACUUGGCUCAAGUAUGCUUCUUUGUGCCGAAAGUCUGGACGUUUGAUGUUGUCUCAUAAAACUUUAGUGAUGCUGCUUGGUGUGGAUCCGUCUCAAAAUUCAGAUCAACCACUCCCCACACACCAUCCACAAGUCACAUUUGCUUACACGAAACAUAUGUGGAUGUCAGGGAAACGGGAAGAAGCUUACAAUCAUUUGAAGCAGUUUGUACAAACUUGGCUAAAUCCACAAGCAAUGCAGAUGAUCAGCCCUGAGGACCAGAAACAACAGCAGCUACACCGAAGACUUCUUGCAAGAUGCUACUUGAAAUUAGGGCAGUGGCAUGAAGCUGUCAGAGGUAUCAACCAAAGUUCAAUUAUAACUGUACUUAAUUAUUAUGCCUCUGCAACAGAGCAUGAUCCUAACUGGUAUAAGGCUUGGCAUGCCUGGGCAUACAUGAACUAUGAGACUGUCCUUUUCUACACCCAACAGCAGAAACAGGGUGGUAUAGUUGAAGAUGAGUCAGUGGCGCGAAAUUCUGGCUUGCAAGCUUCAGAUUAUAUAACACAGUUCACUGUCCCAGCUGUGGAAGGUUUCUUCCGGUCAAUAGCAUUGUCUCAUGGGAGUUCUCUGCAAGAUACUCUGAGACUACUUACACUCUGGUUUGAUUAUGGACAGUGUAAUGAGGUGUAUGAGGCCCUAGUCGAAGGAAUAAGGACUAUAGACAUUGACACAUGGCUACAGGUAAUACCACAACUGAUUGCAAGAAUUGAUACACCUCGAGUGUUGGUGGGACGAUUGAUUCACCACUUGUUAAUUGAUAUAGGGAAAAAACACCCACAGGCUUUGGUUUAUCCAUUGACUGUAGCUACUAAAUCAGCAAGUUUAUCUCGAAGAAAUGCUGCUAACAAAAUUCUCAACAGUAUGCGUGAACAUAGCUCUUUACUUGUGAGCCAGGCUAUUCUUGUUAGUGAUGAGCUCAUUCGUGUAGCAAUCUUAUGGCAUGAACUCUGGCAUGAAGGCUUGGAAGAAGCCAGUAGACUUUAUUUUGGUGAAAGGAAUGUAAAAGGGAUGUUUGACACUUUAGAACCUUUACAUGCUAUGUUGGAACGUGGCCCACAAACACACAAGGAGACUUCCUUUAAUCAGGCUUAUGGAAGAGACCUAAUGGAAGCACAAGAGUGGUGCCACCGGUACAAAGUUUCAGGCAAUGUCCGUGACUUAAACCAGGCCUGGGACCUGUACUACCAUGUAUUCAGGCGCAUCUCUCGCCAGUUACCUCAACUUACAAGCCUUGAACUUCAGUAUGUGAGCCAUAAGUUGCUUCUGUGUCGUGACCAGGAACUUGCUGUGCCUGGCUCAUAUGUGCCCAAUCAGCCAAUAGUACGCAUUGCUUACAUAAACAGUUCCUUACAAGUCAUCACAUCAAAGCAGCGACCUCGUAAACUAUGCAUCAGAGGCAGUAAUGGAAAAGAUUAUAUGUUCCUACUGAAAGGUCAUGAAGAUUUAAGACAGGAUGAACGUGUAAUGCAGCUUUUUGGUCUUGUUAAUACACUGUUGCUGAAUGAUCCUGAUACAUUCCGCAGGAAUCUUACAAUACAGAGGUAUGCUGUGAUUCCAUUAUCAACAAACAGUGGACUGAUUGGCUGGGUACCUCACUGUGAUACACUUCACACACUUAUAAGGGAUUAUAGAGAGAAAAAGAAAAUAUUAUUAAACAUUGAACACAGAAUUAUGCUUCGGAUGGCACCAGAUUAUGACCACCUAACACUGAUGCAAAAAGUGGAAGUGUUUGAACACGCUUUAGAGCACACACAAGGAGAUGACCUAUCACGACUUCUCUGGCUUAAAUCACCGUCAUCAGAAGUGUGGUUUGAUAGACGUACAAAUUAUACUCGCUCCCUUGCCGUCAUGUCAAUGGUUGGUUACAUACUGGGCUUAGGAGACAGGCAUCCUUCAAAUUUGAUGUUAGAUCGGCUGAGUGGGAAAAUUUUGCAUAUAGAUUUUGGAGAUUGUUUUGAAGUAGCAAUGACAAGAGAAAAGUUCCCAGAGAAGAUUCCAUUUAGGCUUACUCGCAUGCUGAUUAAUGCAAUGGAGGUUACAGGAAUAGAAGGGACAUAUCGCCGCACGUGUGAGUCUGUUAUGUCUGUGCUUCAUCGCAACAAGGACAGUCUGAUGGCAGUUCUAGAAGCAUUUGUGUAUGAUCCACUGCUGAACUGGAGACUCAUUGAUAAUGCCACACCCAAAGCAAAACGCUCAAAAGCCCAGACUGAUUUGUCUGUUUCAUCAUCAUCACAAGAACAUGGUGAUAUACUGGAUGCAGGUGGCAGUCUAAGUGCUACUGCUGCUAAGAAGGGUGUACCUGGCAGCAUGGAAAAUAUAGGAGACAACAACCAACCAGAAGCUCUGAACAAGAAGGCUUUAGCGAUAAUAACACGUGUUCGAGAGAAGUUAACUGGCUGUGACUUUUCCCAUGAGAAAGAUCUGACAGUUCAAAAGCAAGUGGAUCUCUUGAUACAACAAGCCACUUCUAAUGAAAAUCUGUGUCAGUGUUAUAUUGGCUGGUGCCCUUUCUGGUAACUGCUAGUCACUGCAGUCUCUCUUCAGUGAAGUCAUUUGAUUUUUACUUAAAGCUAGUCAGCAGAUUAUGAUCAUAUGUUUACAAGAAAAGUGUAAUAGUCUGUGUGAUGUGUAACUGGAAAAUUAAAAUCAUAGCUACUGUAAAUUUAUAUGUAUAUGUGAUUGUAUAUAAUUAUGCAUGUAAUAUAUUCUUCAGACUGCCAGACAUUUUUGAGACUGUAUGAAGUAUUGAGUGUAAGAACUUUCAUUCCAUUGUUAUGUAAAUUAUAUUCAGAUAUAUUUUGUUGAAUGCUGUAAUAAUGUUUUUUUGUGGAUCAAGUGAACUGUAAAACAGA